AUGAACACGGUAAGUAAUACAUUGAAAAGUCUUUCACUUACAUUUUAUCAAAUAUAACCUCCCUUUGAAAUGGUAAACCUUCAUUUUCAGCCCGAAAUCGUUGAGUACUACGAAUAUCCAAUAGAAGGAUACGAAGCUACAACUGAAGAUGGAUACAUCUUACAAAUGUAUCGAAUUCCAUUUGGCAAAAACCCAAAAAGAGCCAAUAAUGUAAAGUUACCUGCUUUUCAAAAUUCAUGCCAUUUACAACACGCAGAAAGUAAAAAAACCUAAAACAAUAUAAACAGCAAGGCAAAAUCCGCCCAAAACCUUAUUUUUACCUGAAAUACAAAAGUUCAAACUCAAUUUCAAGAUAAAACCUCAUAUGAUCUGUUUCAGAGCUCGAAGCCCGUUGUAUUCUUCCAACACGGCUUCAUUGCGUCUUCAGCCGACUUCGUAACCAACCUCCCCAACCAAUCCGCUGCUUUUGUUUUCGCCGACGCCGGAUUCGACGUAUGGUUGGGUAAUAUCCGUGGCAAUGUCUAUUCCCGAGGCCAUACUGAUAGAAACGCAAAUUACUGGGCUUUUUCGUGGGAUGAAAUGGCCAAAUACGAUUUACCGGCAAUGAUCGACACGGUUUUGAAUAUAACUCAACAAAAAUCGCUAUAUUAUGUCGGACAUUCGCAAGGAACGGAAAUAAUGUUCGCUAAACUGGCUGAUGAUCCUGAUUUUGGCAAAAAGGUAAGAAAAAACAUAAAGGAAACGAGCUGAUUGACAAUGUUUUCGAACCUAAACAGUUUUUGCGCGUUUAUUUAAAGAAAGCCUUGUUUUAGUUUAAUUUUGCCACUGGAUAAAAGUAGUUGAUACCUAAAACCACAAAAAAAAAGAAAAAGAUAACUUACCAUCAUAUUAAUUUGUCUUCUACUGCCUUAUGGAGUUACAGAAACAAUUUUUUGACGAACAACCUUGUUUUAAGAAAUUAUCUCUUUUAGCAGUUCGCCGCCAGUACAUCUCGUAUUUUUAUACGCUGAAACGUAAAUUUUAGACAGUUUCAAAUCAACAAAAAUUAAGGAUAAAUUACACCAGUUAUCUAAAAAUGUAAAUACAAUAAUAUAAAAGCUAUUUUCAGAUCAAAAAGUUCUUUGCACUAGCUCCAGUAGCCACGGUAUCAGAACUGCACGGUGUUUUAGCUUUUCUUGGAAGGCAUUUUGGAAAAAUGUUGAACGUGAGCUGUCUUAUGAAGUUUAUUAUUAUAAUUUUAAGGUUUUGUUUACCUUAUUUGGAAGUCAUGAGUUUCUGCCAAGUAAUUUUUUAUCAAAAAUCUUCGCAGAGUUGGUAUGUGGCAGUAAAUAUACGAAUCCAUUGUGUGAUAACAUACUAUUUCAAAUUGCUGGACCAGAGAGUAAUCAGUUCAACACGGUAUGCUUUAUCAGUAUGUACUUUUAGUCUUAUUCUUAGUUGAAUUAGGCUUAGUAGGCUUAUUCUUAGUUGAAUUAGGCUUAGUAGGCUUAGGCUUAGUAGGCUUAGGCUUAGUAGGCUUAGGAUCAGUAGGCUUAGGCUUAGUAGGCUUAGGCUUAGUAGGUUUAGGCUUAGGCUUAGUUGGCUUAGGCUUAGUAGGCUUAGGCUUAGUAGGCUUAUGCUUAGUAGGCUUAGGUUGUUUUAUUUUUUGGCUCAUGCUUGGUUAGUUUAAGCUAACCUUUUUAGGCUUAGCAAUUUACAAUUUAAUAUUAUAUUACUAGUUAAUAAAAAGGGAAUUUCAGUCCCGUCUGAUGGUAUAUAUGAAGCAUACUCCAGCUGGCACUUCAACCCAAAACUUUGUUCAUUGGGUUCAAUUGACACAAACCAACAGAACGUUGAAGUACGAUUACGGAACGGCCAGGAAGAACUAUCAACAUUACGGGCAGGUAUGUGUUUUAGUCUGACCUUCUUUUUAUAGCCAUGUUUUUGCUAGGCGAGGUGAGUUUAGUCUGAAUUGGAUUGAGUUUAGUCUGAAUAGGGAGGGUGGAAUAAAGUUUUUUAAAUUUUUUUUUUGAUUUUAAGGCAGAAGAGACUUGCAUACGUAUUUUUAGCCAAAAAUCUAAAAAUAGUUAUUGAAAUUUUUUUGAAAUGAACCUUUUUACAAUGUCGUACUCAUUACAGGACACACCACCAGAAUACGACCUGAGCCAGAUAAGAACACCAACUUAUCUAUAUUAUAGUCCAGCUGAUUGGAUUGCAGAUGAUACUGAUGUCAAGGUAAAUAUUGUUACUUUUCAAUAGUUUUUUACCCUAUUCUGAUCUCCAUUCUCUUUCUCUCUGUCUCUCUCUCUCUCUCUCUUUCUCUCAUUCUCUCUUUCUCUUCUUAUUUAUAACAAUGUUUCUUCUGGUUUUAUUUACCUUGUCUGGCUCGUUCCAGUCAAAGUAGACCAGCCUUUUUAAAAACUAUGGCUGAUCUCUUCUCCUUAGACUAAAGUAUUAGGUGUUGACAUAAGGAACCCGCCAUACUUUGCCUGUAAUUUCAUGUAAAAAAUGGCGGGUUCUUUAUGUCGGCACUCAUAACUUAUAGCCCAAUGUUGAUUACAUAUUAUAAUAGCUUUAAUUUUUGUGACUUUUUGAUAUUGCUUUUAGGUAGCAAUUUUGGACAAGAUGAAGCCAGAAUAUUUGAAGCGAAUCAAGCCUAUGGAGAACUUUAAUCACUUUGACUUCAUUUGGGGUCUAAAUGCCAAGACUCAAGUUUACGACGAAAUUAUCAAAACUUGUAUGAGUCAUUACAUUCGGACGGGUGGACGGUAA